AUGGGGCGGGUGCCUCGGGUGUCCAUGGGCGGCGAUGAUUGCUUACCAUCAGGGCGAAUUCAGCGAAACUCGCGCCUGAAAGGGAUUUUCAGCGUCCUGCGGCGCGGCGGGUCUCAGCGGGUCUCAGCGGGGUGCGGUGGGGUGCGCGGGGGCGCGGCGGGCGCUCGGGGCGCCGGCUCCGGCAGUGAGCGACCGCCGUCCGCCGCGACUGCCCGUGUGUGCCCGCCCUUAGCCGCGCCCCACACAUACGUGAACACUUUUGUCCCUAGGGAGAACUACAUUAUCCUUGAGAUUCCCUGUGCAUGGCGGCAGGUCACCACUGAGCCAUCGUCUUUUAUGAGGUCACUGGGUCAACUAGAGACCACACUCUAUGAGUUGGUAGGGGGUCCCUAA